AUGAUAACGCUACUUUCACCUUUCUCACUUUCUCCUCUGACAUUGGCACAGUACUUGGAUAUUGCUUCAAACGGAUUUUAUUAUCAGUUAGAAGGAAACCAAGGUUGGAAGAAAAAGGUAAGUACUGAUGGUGAUUUUGCCGGCACACAUCAUCAUUACCACAAUAUACCUUCUGUGCGUGGGCAAAAACCCAUCGUAUCAGCUGUUCCUCUAAUCCCACAAAUUCCUUAUCAGACGAAUACCCGCAACCUCGGACCAAUGAAUUCAAACCCUCUACAAAGUAUGGCAUUUUCGAUGCUAUGA